AUGACGACGAAGACGGGCUCUACAGAGCUUCGAGACCUGCCAGAUGGCCCAGCACUGCCGUUGGCCUUAGCAGGUGCUGUGAUCCAGUUGUCCACCUUGCACUACGUUUGGUCCUUCACCAGUGCAAAUCCGUGUCUUCGGCACCCGAUGAAUUGUUUGGCACGACCCUGGGACUUCGAUGCCUUUGGCCGCACGGUGAUCUAUGUGGAUGUGCUGGCCUUGCUCACGUGGCUGUAUUCUUUGCGGCGCAUCCCCAGCACUGGCACUUCUGAUCCUUCCAUCGUGGAUCGCUUGUGGUCCAUCAUGCCAUGGGUCUAUACUUGGCACUACUUCUUUGCCUCCUAUUUCACAGAUGGCCUUAAUCCAAGGCUGCUGAUCAUGACGCUUCUGGCCACGCUGUGGGGUGUGAGGUUGACCUACAACUUCUACAUCAAGGGUGGCUUCACUGGGGGGGAGGACUAUCGCUGGGCCGUGAUCCGGAAGUGGUAUCCGGGCUGGAGAUGGGAAGUCUUCAACCUCAUUUUUAUUUGCUUCUUUCAGCAGGUGGCCGUGAUGGCUUUCACCACCCCCGCGGCAGCCGCGUUCUCCAGCUCUACGCCUUUGACAGCCAUGGAUCUGGCGGCUGCACUGUUUUACCUGCUGUUGGUGCUGGGUGAGGCUGUGGCAGACGCCCAGAUGUUCGCUUUCCAGACCGAGAAGUACCGCCGGAGAGCGGCUAAGGAGGAGAUGGGCGAGUAUGGUGCUGGCUUCAUCCAAAGUGGCCUUUGGGCCUGGUCACGUCAUCCCAAUUAUUUCUGUGAGGUCACCAUGUGGUGGGCUUUCUAUCUCUUCAGUAUCCCAGCCACAGGAGAAAUGCUGAACUGGACCAUUUGGGGUGCAGUUUUUCUCACGGGUCUCUUUCUUCUGCCUGGAGCAUCCUUGGACAUCACAGAGGCUUUGUCAUCCAGCAAGUAUCCGGAGUACAGAAACUACCAGAAACGUGUCAGCAAGUACUUUCCGCUGCCGCCACGGAGCACUCCGACGCUGUCAAAGCCCUUGCGCUCAGAUCCACGGUGA